UUCACUUAUCGAUGAAACGGUUGUAUAGCGAAGCAUUUGCAGCCGCUUGUCUCUCUUAAGUGGUGUCUCAAAGGUCUAUGUUAACUCUGAUAUUCYAAUUUUGUCCAAAAAACUGAGAACAUURUGAAAGAGAAAACAYGAGAAAAAGGCGUGAAGAUCAAAGUUGUAGUGUCGCACAAUCCUUGACGUUAUAAGACUGCGCGCUCUUAUUGAAUUGAUAAGGUCAAUGGACACUACUGUUGAAGGAGAGAUGAUGGUAUCGCAGGGAAAAAGGACGCAUUUUGACGACGUUUUCCAAUGGAUCCACUCGUUUGGAUGGUAUCAACGUGCAGUUUUUGUUGGGGUUAACUUGAUACUGUUGCCAGUAAGUCUACAAUUCAUGCUGCUCGUGUUUGGGACUGGAACGCCAAGGUUCCAUUGCAGCUCGCCUAACUCGACCUGUCCUGAAAAUAAGUGUUGUGAGAACUGCACAUCUUACGAAUUUGAUGGGCCUUUCACAAGUGCUGUUUCAGAGUGGAACUUGAUAUGUGAUCGCGCUCAUAUCGGUGCCUCUAUCCAGUCUUGUUUUUUUAUUGGUAUGCUACUGGGUUCUAUACCUGGUGGGUGGGUAUCAGACACGUUUGGUAGAAGAACAUGUUUAUUAGCCAACCUUGCUCUUAUGUUUGUAUUUUCUGUGGGUUCAUACUUCGCCGACUGUCCUUCCCUACUCGCCUUGCUUCGUAUGGGCGUUGGUUUCUUUCUKGUUCCCGUCAUGCUUUGCGAGUACGUAUUCGUGAUGGAGAUCAUUGGACCAAAAUGGCGGACGUUUUGCGGAAAAUUCCAAGACACGUUUUGGGAUUUAGGAGAUGUCACUUGCUUUACUUUUGCGUUUUUGAUUCGCGACUGGAGGAUGCUGGUUUUGGCRAGUACGUUGACUGCUAUCCCSUUUCUACUCUGCUGUAGGAUCUUUCCAGAGACUCCACGAUGGUUAGUUGCGCAUAAUCGACUAGAUGAAGCUGCUGACCAGCUUAUGAAAUAUGGUCAAAAGAAAAACAAACAAACUGAUCGCCAACAGAUCAUACAAUUGCUUACAAAUGUCAAAGAAGGCGACGAUGAAUUAUUGAAAACAGACAACAGAAAAUAUACUCCACUGGAUUUGUUUAGAACUCCAAAGAUGAGAAAGAGGACUCUGAUCCUGUGCUAUGAUUGGUUCGUAAUUUCCAUGAUGCACUUCGGGUUCUUUUUGUACCUGACAACGUUGACUGGCGACAUUUACGUGAACUUCMUAGUGAUGGGUCUCCUUACAAUACCAAACCUUCCUAUCUCCUACUAUUUGAUGAAAGUGUUGGGUCGUCGAUUGACAUUCAUUGGGUAUUUGCUAGCUAUUGCUCUACUGUGUCUAUCUGUACUCAUCGUACCAAAAGAAGAGAAUCUCCCUCUUCUAAUUAUCGCUCUGGUAGGAAAAUCGUUUCUUUCCUGUUCUUUCAACAAUGUCUAUUUGUACACUUCAGAGCUUUAUCCAACGGUCAUAAGAAAUCUAGGCAUCAGUGUUGGGUCAACCUCUGCUCGUCUAGGGGCCAUUCUAUCACCCUAUCUUGUUAUGUUGUCCCAAUUGCCCGGUCUUAGUACGACGUUACCUAUUGUCAUAUUUGGUGUGUCAGGACUUCUUGCUGUUCUACUGUCUGUCAUGCUGCCCGAGACAAUAAACUCUCCCAUGCACCAGACCAUCGAAGAAGCAGAGUCACAUAAAGACUCGUAUUCUGYUCMAUGGAAGUUGAGAAAAAGAAAACCCAUCGAAGGAUCUCAAAUGGAAAUAACAGAAUUGUAGAAAGAAAAAAMCUACAUCACUAUCUCUCAUCCCUCAAUAUUCAACAAUUUAUAACUAGAGACAUAUAGCACUAGRCUUCCACCGAUGCAAAAUAGMCUUCACUACACACACAUUMUCACCAAACAAGUACAUCGCCAAACAAUAGCAAUAAAGCAGAACCCCAAAACUCUGUCUAUCAAA